CUAGAUCUAUGGUUAUGCAAGAACAAAAUGUCAAGAGAAGAAUGCAUCUCUGAUAUUUACCGGUCCUCACAAUUAUAAAUUAUAGCCUGAUUUUAAAAAGGCAAUUUCAAUUUGAUAUUAUAUUAAGAAUUAAUUAAGCCUAUUGCAAUGGUAAUCAGUUGUUGGCCUACAUGAGGAAACAAACGCCAAGUCAAGCGCUCAUGAUUCAUUUCCCGACCACUUGUGAUUUUGUGAUCUUAGGGGUUCUGUGUUUCAAAUAGAAGAUGUGAAGAUCAGAGAGGAAAUGGAAAUGGCUGGAUGUGAAGUUUGCUGGACGUGUAGGGGACUGAUUUUUGGAGACAGUUCUGGGAUUAUACCUGCCUUUGAACAACAUGCUCUGAUGUGUAGAGGGCCUGAUGUUGAAGAGCAUCAAACUUCUUUUGAUUAUUUUGUCUGUGACAAAGCUGAUUAUUUUGCUCUAAAGAAUUUGAAGAAAAAUUUUGCUAAGACCCAAAAGUCCAUCAAAAGUAAACUGUGGGCCACAUUGCCAAGUGAAGUGGUUGAGUGUAUUUUUGAUCUUUGCAUCCCUGAGAAUGGAAAUGCUGAGAAGGAAAGCUCUAGUUAUUUUCCCAUGGACCAAAAGAGCAAAUGCUCCCAAACUAAAAUUUUCAGUGGCCCUGUGCUAAUGAAUCAAGACAAUAUUUCUACAGUAGAUGUUACCAUUUGUCAAAGUGAAAAUGACAACACUGUACAUUUUGAAAACCGCUCUAAUAUUUGCAAUGGAAGUGGUGCCAAUGGGAAUGAAAAAAUUCUGAAAAACCAGGAAGAGUCAUUUCAUGAUCAACUUUGCAUCAACACACACACUUUGUUGCUGAAAGAAGAAGAAGAAAAGUUGACUACUGAAUGCAUUUUGACAAAAGAAGGAAAUUUCACUAAUUACUGCUGCAAAUUGUGCCAACAUCAGACAAAAUCUGACAGGCUUAUGUUGCGACAUUUGAACGCUCAUGAUAAUGGCCAGGCAUUCAAGUGUGUGAAGUGUGAUUUCUCUACCAUGUGGCGUUCAGAAUGGAAUCAGCACUGCAAGAAAUGCUUGGACCAAAAAAGUUUCUUGUGCCAGUUUUGUGGGGAAGAAUUCACCAGGAGGGACAAAUUCAACAAACACUGUGCUUCAGCCCAUUCAGAUGGUGAUCCCACUGCCUUACAGCUGAAAAACAAAUUACAAUGUGAACAAUGCGACUACAUUGGGAGAAGCCUCACCUGCCUGAAAGAGCAUAAAAAGAAACAUACCGGAGAGAUGAUCUUCUGUCCACAUGAGGGCUGUGACUUCAAAUCCUUUUAUCGCCGAUCUCUCACAAAACACCUGAACCAGAAACACGCCAAGGAGAAGAAUCUUAUUUGCUCUGUGUGUGGCUUUCAGACCCGGCACAUGUCUUCUCUGACAAAGCACAUGAAGUUGCAUCGCAGCUUAAAGAAAUUUAAAUGUGUUCAGUGCACUUUCACAGCAUUCACGUCUUCACAAGUACUUGAUCAUGUCCGGAGAAAGCAUCUGAAAGAGAAACUUUACUCUUGCCCAAAAUGUCCUUUUCAGACAGGGUACCCUAUGGGCAUAAAGAAACAUAUUCAGCGUCAUGAAGGGGUCUUCGGGUAUUCUUGUUCUAUAUGUGGGGAAUCAGUUGGAACAAUGAGGAAAGCUAAAGAGCAUAUGGUACAUAGACAUGGCUGUACUGACUACAGGGUUUUGAAUGAGAGUAUUGAGAAAAUAAAACCUCGAGAUUACCAGAUCAAAAACAGGGAAAACAUUAUAAAGGAACCCAUGAAGUAUGUUGUUAUGAUUACUAAUGAGCAGGUUUCAAAUGACACCUUGGAUAUGGAAAUACUGGAUGUUGAUUUGAAUUCUAAUGAUGUUCUUGAAAUGGCCACUGAUAUACUCAGUGGAGAGUCCCAACAGAUUUCGAGUUCAGAGGGAUUGUUGGAUCCUACACUGCAUGCAAACCCAACAUCUAUGAAUCAUGUCAAGGAAUUAUUCGAAAGCCAAACAUCUUCUGAGAAAGGGAGAAACCCAAUGCUUUCUGCCACAUCUAAUGAUCUCGGAGAUGCUGAAAAUUCUCUAAUAGAAGACUCUCUGUUUGACCUCAUGACUGAUUUCCCUCGUCCAUCUAAUCUGAACCGUUGCCAGUCUGCAAGCACUUUAAUGUUUACGUCUUUCUCACCUCACCUGGUGGACAGACCUUUAACUCCUGACUUCUUCAGUGACAGCCCAUCAGCUGGUUCUUUUUUCCCCAACUUCACUUCCAAGGCUUUGGAGACAGACACCUUACCCCUUGGGCACUUGAGCAGCUUUGAUGGGUCUCAUCAAGAACAACAUGCUGAUUCUAAUUCCAGGGUUUUAACCAAAGCGGCCAAUCCACCUUCACCAAUACUGUCAAAUUUCAUGACAUCUUCUAUUGCUACAAAUUCAAACUCGUUGCACCCUGUUGUGAAUAUGUCUGAAGCUUUACUGCAGACUUCAGUUUGUGAAAACUUGGACUCCAUCUUACCCAGUGCUGUAUUUGGUACUCCCUGCCCACCGCAGAAAAUGCAUGGAUCACAAAUAUCCUUUUCGUCAAGCAGUUCGGCUUUUACAGCACUCACUGACGAGUACUCUACAGAUCUGCAAAACGCUGUAGCUUCCAUUGCAGAGGCCACUGCCUUAGAAGACCAAGUGGAAGCUGAUGCUAAUGAUGAAUCUCCUUUUCCAUUGAAUUCUGUAAUGUGAAAUAGGUUUUAUUUUGCCAGGAUGUUGAACUUAUAUAUAUGUAACAUGUCACACUCAAAUAUAAACAUUUAAAAAACAGCUUACAUGUAUCUCUGUUAGAUCUGAAUUUGUCACUGAUUUUACAAGAAACUGUACCUAUUAUGUGGAACGAGUAUUGUUAAGGUGUUUUUUAUUUUGCUGUUCUUAUAGCUGAAUUUAUCGACUUGGAAUUUCUUUGGUGAGUGAGUUUUCUGUUUUUCAGAUCUUUUAGUUUGACAUUAGGAGUUCAAUGUAAAACUUAAGAAAUUUAUUUUUAUUGAAGUUUGUUACGGGUACCUUAUACUAGUGCUGAAAAAAAUCUUUAACUCUUAUUCUUUUCAUCCAGACUAAGGUUUUCUCAUGCAUGCUCUGAUACGACUUAUAGCAGAAUUUGCUUACUGUACUUUGUUCUGUCUAUCCGUUCUGUCAACUACAGUUUGAGUUCACUUUGUUCUAUCCCUUUCAAAAUAAGCUUAAAAGGACUCAACUUCCUUCCAUAUCUUACUCUGGUGGCCUCUCAUCCCUUUUUUGUACUGUAGACCUACCCAGCAGUUUUAUCUUGGUAAGCCCUGUGAUCCUGUGAUGAGCCAAUAUCAUUAUAAUUUUUAUCACUUCAUUGUUAUCAGGAAGUCUAGUAUAACAUGGAUAGCUUGAAUUUGUCGGGACCGGCCUAGUUAGUUUGAGGGAUAUUUUACAAAGAUAAAGAAGAACAACGGGACUGCAGGCACCGUUCGAUGGAUGCAUGAUUUCAAGUCUUCUGUGUUCGACCUAUCCAUGUUAUACUGUAUUGGCUCCUUACUUGAUCCGCCUGCGUUUUUUUGUCUUCAUCAUCCGUGGUAAUAUAUGGUCUUUUGAGGAUGUGUUCAAAUUACUGGAAAGCAUCUCAUCUUAAGCUGAAGUAUGUUGCUGUCAAUAUUCAAAUAUUCAAACUAUGGGUGACCACCAUGGAAAUAAGAAUCUUGUAACGUAUUAAGUUCCUCACCACAUCAAAAGGAAAUUACUACGUAUUUAUUUUAUUUAAGUGAGUACAAUUUUUGAAAAUACUGGCAAGCCUCAUCAAAAUCCAAGAGAUAGGUCUAGUAAAAGGAUAAAAGCACUUUGAAAUACGAUUUUUAGAUUCCUGAUCAUCUAGUGCAGCAGCUUUGGGGCCAGCACAUUUUGUUAGUGUUCGUUGGCAUUACACUCGGUACACAAUGUAUGAAUAAAGUGAUUUGAAGACAUGAAGUAGAGCUUUUUUUCACUUGCAAAAAAUAAAUAGAUUGUACCCACCUUUGCAUGGAAAAACAAGAUUGGGGUGUGGAGGGAGAAGUAUUGGGCUUUUCUUGUUCAAUUUUUGAAAUUAUUCACUCAUGUUUCAGAGAAAAAAAAGUUCAACACUUCUGAAACCUGGGCUUUUUUAUGCUUGAUACAUGUGUAUAUUGAUAUGCAUGUAUACACAUGUAAUUCAUUUUAACUUUACUUUAAAAGUAAAUCUGUCCAGAACUCUGUCUGUAGUAUAUAUACAGGGAUGCCACUUUUCCGCUUUUUUCCGACAUUUCCUGUAUUUUGAUUCUGAUCCGCUAUUCCGUAUUGAGAUGGAGAUAGAAUCUAUAGUUGGAAAAAAACAACCCAACCCCCCCUCCCCCCCCACACACAUUUCUCUCUAUGUACACCUAUUGCUUAUAUUUGUUUGUUUGUCAUUUCUCUCUAUGUACUCCCUUUGGGUUUCAAACUAAUAUGUUUGCGAGACAGUGGCGCGUGGAUUUUCAGCUAUUUUCAAAAAAGCUGAGUGGCAUCCCUGAUAUAUAACUAGUACACCUUAUGUAUAGCCAACAGCAUAUCAACAGCUUAAAAUAAAGUAAAACUCCACCAAACGCCAUUUUGAAAAGUGACAUAUAUUAUAUGACUCAUAACAGAGUCUUAGUCUUACCUUACCCAGAGUAGUCGGUAUGGAAUGAGAUGCUUGAUAGUGGGCCAUGACAAUGGUGUCGUCAGUGGUUUGCGCGAAGUCCUUGCUGCUUUUCAAUAAAAUGUGCUCUGUUUUUGUAUAAAA